GUCGCGAUGGUGACUGUUGCACCCACACUAACCACCAUCGCACUAGUCUAAAACUGCCUGGCCUGUGUUGUGUACUGUGUGUCGUCAGUGCGGUUUACUUACAUAGAAGUGUGCUCUAGUUGUAUAUGUAUAUACGUACAUAUUUAUAUGCACAUAAAGAGAGAAACAGAGUUCAUUGUAUUAUAAUGUUAUUCUUUUUCAUCUAACCUCUAUACAAUAACGUAUCUUAAAUUAAGUGAUUAACAUCAUCUUCCAUUCUAUACUGUAGAUAUACUUGAAGCAAGGAAAAUAACUCUGAAUUACUUUUCACUCCAGUUAUGUUUGCGGCGUCCCCACGUGAUAUUUUAUUACUAAAAAUUUAUUUUUAUUUUGUUGUACGUUACUUCAAUAAUUGCUAAUAAGAUAAAAGCGCAUUGUCAAAUUUAUCAGUUGGUGUUGAUUCAUGUCGUUUAAUGGUUAGAGAGGAAUUUUUAAUUUUUGGAAAUCCAGUGUCAAGAGAUGUUUCAUUGCAUGGAUAUUCCGUCGGUAAUGCAGAAACCAUGCAUCACAGCAUCAUUCAAAGGCUACUAGAGUAUAUUAACCAUUGAGCAAGUCAUACAUACAAAAGGCAUUUUAUUUAUGGAUCAUGAUCCCUCAAAAUUAAAGAGAGAAGCGUUUUAAAGUUUGAAGGAUGUCAAUAUCUGUCAAUUUAGACGAGCAACGAAAUCAUAUGUCUUGGACGUUGUCGCGUCAAAAAGCGAUCGAAAACACGGGCGCUACUUCCUUCACAAACGGCCCUGAAGCAAUGUAUAAGAAUGUCUUUUACACGAUAUUCAUGUCCUGCGCGCGCACACAGUUAGACAGACAUCCUUACACAUAUGCACAUAGAAUUUUUACAAUUCUAUCCUUAGUAGCACACAAAUGUGAAAUCGCUAAGAUUAUAUAUAUACAAGUAGAUAUAUAACUUGUUAUUCAUCACGUUCGUAUUGUUAUUCGCCGCAAUUAUGAACCGAUCUACACAAGUAUGCUGUUCGAUGAAAGAACUAGAUUGUCUUGCAUUGAGCAUCAAAAUAUACUUCUGUAUUCAUCCAUGCAACCAUUAAUAAUUAUUAACGAUCGUCUUGGGCGAAAGGGAGAAAAGCAGAACUUUAGACUUUACAACAGUACAUCAUUCCAAAAAGAGAAGGAGCUUUUUAUUAAAUACCUUCAUAGUGAUAGUUUUAUAUAAACCAAAAUGAAGAAUUUGCAGUGUUUGCUUGUUUCUGUAAUUUUACUACUUGUGAGUAAAGACGUUGUCGGACAAGACAAUUGGGAAUGCCUAUCACCAUGUAAAUGCAAGUGGGUUUCUGGUAAAAAAACAGCUGAAUGUAUACGGCAAAAUCUUGUUGAAAUUCCAAGCUUUCUGUCAUCAGAAAUUCAAUACCUUGAUCUUACUGACAAUUCCAUUGUACAGUUACAUAAUUUUUCAUUCAGCAAAGUGAAUUUAGUAAAUCUACAAAAACUAACGUUAAAGCAAUGUGAUAUAGAGACAAUAGAAACAGAAGCCUUUAAGGGACUGAAAAUUGUUAUCGAAAUUGAUCUUUCUGGGAACAGUCUAAAAUACAUUUACCCAGGGACUUUUUUUGAAACACAUCGACUUCGAGUUUUACUUCUAAAUGAAAAUUAUCUAGAAUCAUUGGAAAAUUGCUUAUUUGAUAAUCUUACAUACUUACAAAAAGUUGAUUUGUCGAGAAAUCGAAUACAAACAAUUGGAGAAAAAUCUUUUCAAAACUUGCCCGGCCUUCAAACGUUAUUAUUAAAUGGAAAUAAUAUUACUGAUCUGAAGUUGAUAACUUUUGAUAAGCUCCCAAAACUGGGAAGCUUAGAACUGGAUAAUAAUCCCUGGAAUUGCAACUGCUUUUUAAAAGAGUUACGGGAUUGGACGAUUAAAAGAAAACUAUAUACAAAGCAAACAACCUGUCAGCAUCCAUCAUACCUUUAUGGAAAGAAAUGGGAUGAGGUAAGCAGUGAUGAAUUCGCAUGUCAACCUAGAAUUCAGACUAUAGUACCAAGUUCCCGACAAGUGCACGUGGAAAGUGGAGAAUCAGUUAGAUUUGAUUGCCUAGCAGUGGGAAUACCUCAGCCACGAAUUCAUUGGAUUCAUCGUUCUCGCAUACUAAACAACUCUACAAGACGACAUCAUAGUAGUUCUACCACCCCUAAUAGUGGUGCUGAAACACUAGGUUAUACUGUGACUGAAAAUAUUGACAGCAGUGGCUGGGUUAAUCUUACUGUUCCCAAUGUCACAGCAGCAGAUAGAGGAGAAUAUGUAUGCAUAGCUCAAAGUCCAGGGGGUUCUGUCGAAGCAAAUGUUACUCUUGUUAUUAGUGGUGAUAUAUUCAAUGAUGAAGAAGGAGGCUCAAGUCAUCACAUAAUCAGCUUACCUCUUGCAUUGGGUCUGAGUGUAGCAUUGUUAUUUUUCCUUCUGAUGAUGAUAGCUCUUUGUCUAUUCUACUGUCGUCGUAGGCAGUCAAUGCUACUGCCCGAUAAGAAAAUUCAUCACGAAGGUACAGGUAGUGUUGACCACAACGACUCUUUGGAUCAGCAAGGAUUUGGAGAGCUUGAAAAGUCUUUAAUCACUUCUGUAAAUCCAGUUGGGGGAGAACUAACAACAUCAAUUGUUAUGAAACCGAUUAGGCGUUAUGAUACUCCGUCAAUAACCUCUCAUGGUACAGAAAUGACUGAACUGAAUAGAACUUUACUAGAUAACGACUCAAUUUUUGCUGAGGGUGUCGGAAGAAUGAUUGCUAACGGUAUCGGAGAUAUUAAUAUUCAAGAUGAAGAUGAAGAAGAUGACAGAAUACGCGUAACUCCUGAACUAGAAAGUGGAUCUGCUUUUCAUGGGACCAGUCAUUAUGGCAAUAAUAGUUUUAAUAAUAGACAAUAUCCUCCAGAUUUGUUGGCUUUCCAUGGUGGACGAGGUUCUUCUCCAACUAGUCAGGCAUCCACAGCUCCUGAUAAUUCACGUCUCUUAAAUCAAUACCUUUUCAGUCAAUUUGGUGGACCUACUUCGUCACCCCAAUAUACAUGUGGAGGCAGUGGUAAUGGAUUCAAGACUUUGCCACACAAUCGAAGUGGAACACCUUACAGCAGUUCUGCUGGAGCGGGUAACAGUAGUAUAAUUCCUGCUUUAUCUCGUCAAGGAUAUGUUACGAUUCCCAGACGACCUCGAGCACCAAGUUGGAGUAGUGGUCCUCCAAUUUCACCGAUAGACAUUGAUAACGAAGUUGAGCCAGUAUAUGAUAACCUCGGUAAACGUACUACGGCUGAUGGUAGUUCCGCUAUCUCAUUAAAUAAAACCCCAGAAAUUCCUGGAUUCAAUUCUUUGCGUGAUGGCUGUAGUCGAAAUUUGACCAUCUCUCCAAGCCCUGUUUUAAAUAAUACAAUUCAAUACAACAUGCAUAACGCAAACACAAAUAAUAAUAUUAUUACUAAUAACAAUAACCAGAAUAACAGUGAUAAUGAUAAUGUUACUUUCAAUAAUGAUAACGUAAUAACAUUUGAUAGAUCUGCGCCAGAGGGUGCUGCUGAAUGCUCCAUGCAUCUCACAGACACAGCUGAAAAUUACCAGCAUCAACAACAAAUUGAGCACAAUAAAGUAGAAAAAAAAAUACCUCCGAGACCACCUCCUAAGCCUAAAAAGAAACAUCUCAAUGGUCCCCUUUAUGAAGAUGAAGACGAGGAUGGCACUGAAGUAUGAUUACCUAAAAUAAGUAUGAAUUUAAUGCCUUUGAAUAUUACAAUAACUGCUAAAGGUUCGAUGAAUCGGUAGUGCCUUUAGACAAAGAAAAUGUGUGAAUGUUUUUAUCGUAGACUUAAAAACUAUAGGGACCAGUCAUCAAUUAUUGGUCGUUAAAAUUUGACGACACUGCAUCCUCUUCCGAUCGAGCUUUUCGUUUAAAAUAAGACUGUUCCCGUGUCCCUAUAUCUCUUCGUCUAUGAAAAUUUUUGUUUGUUUACCUGCAUAUAUGAAAGACUGUGUGAAUGUGUGACAAAUAGUGAAUUUCAAGACAUCUGUUCGAUCCUGUGCAGGGCUUCCAUUUGAAAAUUAAACAUCUGCAUAUAUAUAUAUAUAUAUAUAUAGACUGGUCACUAUUAUUAAGAUUUGAAAACUAUAUAUUUCAAAUUAGUGACAAAACAAUUUUUAUCUCUCCUUAUUAUUAUACUUAUUGAUACUUUUAUAUAAUUUUUGCAAUUUAUGGCAAUAAUCUGCCUACUCUCUCAGACUCUCGUCCCUUUUUCUAUGGUGACCAAUGUGCACUGCAAAAUGAACAUUAUUCAAUGCUUAUUCAUUUAUUACACACACAUAUAUAUAUAUAUAUACUCUCCAAACUCUAAUAGUCAAUCUAAUACGUAUAAUUAGUAUGGCGUAACUUCGUAUUUUAAAUUAUUAAUCACUGCUAUUUAAAAAUUUUGUUUUAAACAUGUCACAAGAAUUAACAGGUCUUAGUGCAACGUAAUAAUUAUAUUGUUGACUAUAAAUAAAUUGGAUAAAUAAUUGUGUUGUUUAUAAUAGACUAUAAAGAAGAAACAAAAACUUAUUUUUUUAUCAACAUGUAAAUGACACUUAUUGCUUAUUUUUAAAUUCUGAGAUUUAAUUAUAGAUAUAGAUAUACAGUUAAAGAUGUAAUAUAUAUUUUCAGUAUAAAUAUUUUUUUUGUCAAACUUAAUUUUUAUAGUGCAGGGUGAAAUUGAUAUAAAAUGUAAUUAUAUAUAGAUAUGUAAAUGCACAAGGCGAGAUUAAAUUGCGCUUACCAAUAGCAAUGAUAUACCUAGAAUUGUAAUUUUUCAGGAGUGUAAUUUUCAUUUUAACUGUUAAUUCAGUAACAAUUUUAAGAAAUUUUAAGAAAUAAUUUAUUUAAUACAUAUUAUUCAAGAAUAAAAGAUAAACCGCGAAAAUUAGUAAUUUAGCCAACUUUUUUAUUGCAUUUAAAGAAAAUUGUUUCCAUAAAUAUUUUUUGCUUUAAAAAAGCAAUAAUUUUCCUAUCGAUCUAUGCAAAUCUACUAUUUCCUCAAUAAAAAAUUAUUUAUUCUAAGUUGCUUUAUAGUAAUGAUGGUGAUCAAUAUAGAACCAUUUUUUGUUACUAUUUUUAUAUUAUUUAUAUAAAUAUAUAUAUAUAUAUAUAUAUAUAUAUUGUUUAAUUGUAUGAUAAUUGUAUAGUUUCUAGUGAAUGCCAUUCAAUUUAUGAUCACUAGAGAAGAAACAAAUUCCAUAUAUGAGUUUGCAAUUUGUGCUCAGUUGAUGCGCAAAGAGAAAAUUUUGUGAUAAGGCCUUUUCUAAAAGGAAUUGUAAAAGCACUAUUCCCUUUUUACCAGUUCUGCCUGUAAUAAAUAAUGAUCUGAAAAAGAUCGUAAUUUUGAUAACCGCAAUGAUAAUGUAUUACAGAAAUUAAUUUUUUGCAACUUUCAAACUUAGCAUUUUUUUAAACAUGAGCAUCAGUCAUACAAUAUAAUCAAAUGAAAAGCAAUUAACAAUAAAUGAGUCGUAUAAUACAAAAUAUAAAUUUAUUUUUAAAAAUGUUAUAUUCUAACAUGAAAGUCUGCUGAAGAAAGAAGUAGAAAAUUAGUAUUGUAAAUGGGAUUAAAACUUUUCUUACAGUUACAAAACAAAAAAUCAUUCAGUGAUAAUAUGUAACAAAUUUUUUAGAGUAUUUUUUAAAUAAAAAGCUUUACCUUUUA